CGAGCCCGCCCGGCUCCCCUGCCCUGCCCUGCCCGCGGCCGGGAUGCGCUCGGAGGCGGCGCCGCAGCUGGGCGGCCUGGAGAGGUUCGCCAGCGCCGGCAAGGGCCGGGGGCUGCGGGCGCGGCGGCGCUUCGCCGUGGGCGAGCUGCUGCUCAGCUGCCCGGCCUACGUGGCCGUGCUGACCGUCAGCGAGCGCGGCAGCCACUGCGACGGCUGCUUCGCCAGGAAAGAAGGAUUGUCCAAGUGUGGAAGAUGCAAACAGGCCUUUUAUUGCAAUGUGGAAUGUCAGAAGGAAGACUGGCCAAUGCACAAGCUGGAAUGUGCCUCCAUGUGCACUUUUGGGCAGAACUGGAAUCCCUCAGAGACUGUGAGGCUAACAGCAAGGAUCCUUGCCAAACAGAAAACUCACCCUGAAAGAACACAGUCAGAGAAGCUGCUUGCUGUAAAAGAGUUUGAAUCACACCUUGACAAACUAGACAAUGAAAAGAGAGAGCUGAUUCAGAACGACAUUGCUGCUCUUCAUCACUUUUACUCAAAGCACUUGGACUACCCUGACAAUGCUGCCCUUGUAGUUCUCUUUGCACAAGUUAACUGUAAUGGCUUCACAAUUGAAGAUGAAGAACUCUCUCAUUUGGGAUCAGCCAUAUUUCCUGAUGUUGCAUUGAUGAACCAUAGCUGUUGCCCAAAUGUGAUUGUGACUUACAAGGGAACCUUGGCUGAAGUCAGAGCUGUUAGAGAGAUUGAGCCUGGAGAGGAGAUUUUCAGCAGCUAUAUUGACCUGCUGUAUCCCACAGAAGACAGAAAUGACCGGUUAAGAGACUCCUAUUUCUUUAGUUGUGAUUGCAGGGAGUGCACUACAAAAGAAAAGGAUAAAGAGAAACUGGAAAUCUGCAAGCUGAAUGAUCCUCCGUCAGCAGAGACAGUAAAGGACAUGAUCAAAUAUGCCAGGAACGUAAUUGAGGAAUUCAGGCGAGCCAAACACUACAAAUCCCCUAGUGAAUUACUGGAGAUCUGUGAACUCAGUCUGGACAAGAUGGGUGCAGUGUUUGAGGACAGUAAUGUUUAUAUGUUACAUAUGAUGUACCAGGCCAUGGGUGUCUGUCUCUAUGUGCAGGAUUGGGAAGGUGCGCUGUGUUAUGGACAAAAAAUCAUCAGACCCUACAGUAAACAUUAUCCUUCCUACUCGCUGAAUGUUGCCUCUAUGUGGCUGAAAUUAGGGAGACUGUACAUGGCGCUGAAGAACCGGACAGCCGGAGUUAAAGCCCUGAAGAGGGCAAUUGCUAUCAUGGAAGUAGCACAUGGGAAAGAUCAUCCAUACAUUUCAGAGAUCAAAAAGGAAUUAGAGGACCACUGAGCCUUUGAAUCUAUGCAAUCCUUCAAACCUUUAUUUAAAAAGCCUUGUUAUGGAAACCUUCAGGAGCGCUUUGAAAAGCGUUAGAGUAUGAACACAGUUCUGUCCUAUAAUUGGAAUGACAAACACACGUAGGCUCAGCUUCCACACAUCUAAAUUGCCUUUUUUUUUUUGUAAGGAAGCAUCCAUGGUUUCUUAAAAGUUAUGCCUUUUGAUGGCUCAUGUGCAGAAAUGGCCAUCUUUUUCUUUAGAGGUGUUGGUGUGGAUCUUACUUCUGUAAAGUAAAUAAAGUGGUCUUGGCCCCUCUUGA